AUGGAGGCGAGCGGCAGCGUCCGCGUGUUCGACGGCACGACCGACUUCCGCGUAUGGCGCGCGCGCGUCGAGAACGAGCUGAUGCGGUACCACUUGCUGGGCUACGUGAUGGUGCGUGGCUACGACGGCAGUCAGGCGUUCAUGUACAAUGGCGAGAAGGUACCGCCCAGGACGCUGGCGGUUCCCGCCGAGAACGAGCAGCAGCAGACUCAGCAGCCGCCAGAGCAGCUGGUGAAGGAGGAGGUAGGGGUGCGGGGCGACGCAGUGCCUGUGUUUCCACAGGGAAAGCUCAGUCGAUGGGACGUCCUCGGAGAAAGCGCGGAAGCCAAGAGCAUUCUCCAGCGCUGCCUGCACCCAGACGUGGAGGGCGCGAUCUUGAACAAGAACAUCUAUGAUAGCUGGAAAAUGCUUUGUGCGCUGUAUGGCAAUCAGAGCAGCUACGGCGCUCAUGACGUGAACGAGAUGCACCGGGUACUGCACCACAUUCGACUUGGGGACAAGAAAGGAGAGCCCGUGCGUGAGUUUGUCACGCGGUGGGAAAUGCUCAUGCAGCAGUACGCACUGGCGACGGGGAUUGAGCUGACGGACGGGUUCCGCUCGGUCUCGUUCGUGCAGACGCUUCCCAGUGCGUGGAGAGCUAUGGUGACGUCGUGGCGCGGAGUCCGACCGUUUGUGCCGUAUUCUGAGCUCGUAGAGAAAGUCAUUGCAACGCGCGACAAGAUGCAAGCGCAGAUGGAGAUGGCAAACGCUGCGAACUCAUUACUGUCGAAACCGACUCGCGGCCCGACCGACAGUUCACUUGUGUUGCGAACCUCGCAAUCGCCAAGAAGCUCGUUUGAUAAGUUGGCUGGGUCUGAACCAGUCGCUGAUACUGUUACGAAAGCGUCACAAAAAGAUGUAUACGAAUCGGGAGAUGAUCGAAGGACCAAGUCCAUGAAUGAGUCUACUGAGCCAGCAAAACACUGCCGUGGAACGCCCGUGUCUGCCGACAAAGGCGCACGGCCGAGUAAAACCUCUCCAUCGCAUACUGAAACAACGAGUGGCGCAAGUGAUAAUGUGGACUCGAUUAGUGGUGACACGACAUCGACAACAGUGUCAGGAAAGAACACGACGACGACUAGAACACGCUCGGUAGACAGUGCGAAGAAAUCAGUUACUGAGCGGUCAGCUGGUUCGCGAUCGUUCAAGUCUCUGAAGCCCGAUAGCCGGCAUGAAAAGAACGGCGGGUACGAGCCGCGUGAGCGCUACGAGAAAUACGACCUGGAGCCAGGCUAUGACGAGUACGAGUUCGACAGUCGAUACGACAAGUACGCGUCCACCAGUCGAUACGAGCGAUCUGCGCUUAAGCCUCGUAGCCGAUGCGACAAGAAGUACGAGAGCUACGACCGCUACGACGGCAAAAACGGGUUCGUGUCGUGCUUCUACUGCCUCAAAGUGGGCCACCACAUGAAGCGGUGCUGGUACCUCGAAGCCGACAUUGAGAACGGCACGACGCACGAGCCGCACAAGAAGUUCUCGUGCGCGCUGACGCCCGAGCGAACGCGGUUCAUGGUCAACUGCCUCGAAGCGUACAUUGACGAAGUGAAUCGCGAGCGGGCGGUCUACGAGAUGUCGACGUCAAUGGCAGGACCACGGAACCACGGCGGCUACGACUCCCGCGCGAUGGAGAGCAUGGGGCGUGACUACCACUCGCAGCAGCAGCAGCAGCACUACCACCACCAUCACCACCAACAGCAGCAUCAUCAUCAGCAGCAGCAGCAGCAGGAGCCCGUCCCGCCGCCUCCUCCCGGCCAGCCGCCCGCCAAUGCGCUCCACCACCACCACCACCACCAGCACCAGCAGCAGCAGCAGCAACAACAAGACCCCUCUACCGUAAGUGAGACAACAGAGUACCGAAAGCGCUCGCGCAGCCCGACGACCGACCGGCGCAAGCGCUCGCGCAGCGCUUUCCAGACGACUUCUGGGGGCAGUACGCGAGCGCCGUCUGCGCAAGACGCGCCGCUCGGUCCGCCGCGGGACCGGUCAGGAGACGCGGCGCUGGUGGAGCCGUUCUCGCCCCGCAAGCGCUCGCGCCCGCCGUCCUCCGGGAGCAGCUUCAAACCCGUCUCGGACAACGGCGACGACGAGUGCUGCGCCCAUUAG